CUGGCUAACAAUACGUCUCAGCUUCCAUGCGUCUUGGAGGGCGUGUUCGGCGGAGGCUGUCCCACAACGGAUGUCAAACUGGUCGAAGACUGUAUCUGCACGAACAACACGUUGAUGUCCGGCUUAUCGACCUGUGUGCAAUCGUCGUGCCGGUUCAGCGAUCAAGUUACCGCCGGCACUCUGCUCAUGUCGAUGUGCGCCGCUUAUCCAAAAGAAUCACGGGUCAAUGACGUACGGACGGUGGCCAUCGUUGCGCUGGUGCUCGACGACUGGACAGCCAUCUUCGCCACGAUCAUCCUACUGGGCGGUGCGGGCAUGGAAUUGGCGAGCGCCGAGCUGGGAUUCGGACGACACUUUUGGGACGUCCCGGUCACGAGGGCAUCACGACUACUGCAGAUCUUCUACACAGUUGAGAUCUUCUACACCUGGAUCAAGCUGAUCGCCAAGGCCUCGAUCCUCCUCUUGUACAUGCGGGUGUUCACGGCCAGGUGGUUCAAGUUCGCGUGCUAUAGCUGUCUGGCUUAUUGCUGCGUGUCGCUCACGGUGUUUACCUUUGUCAUUGCCUUCCAGUGCACCCCCGUGGAGGCCAUCUGGAACCGGUUCGUCACGGGAAGUUGCCUGAACGUCAAUGCCAUCGGCUACAGCGGGGCCAUUCUCUCCGUCGUGGAGGAUGUGGUGCUGAUUGUGCUGCCGAUCCCCGAACUCCGAAAAUUGCAGAUCAGCGGUCGGAAGCGGAUUGGUGUUGGACUGAUGUUUGCGUUGGCUUCAUUUGCGACGGUCACGAGUCUCGUUCGACUCAAAUACUUGGUGCAAUUUGCCCAAUCAUUCGACAGUACCUUCGAUAAUGUCGACACUAUCGUAUGGUCCAUGAUCGAGCUCACCUGCAUCAUCGUUUGUGGCUCCCUGCCUCCGCUGCGCCCUUGGUUCGGCAAGCUUAUACCGUCAAUUGAGACUUUCAAAUCUAUGAGCUGGGCCGGAAGUCGAUCUCGGAGCCGGAGUAAAAGC